GACUGCGGCUGUGCGGCCACCACAUCGCCCCUCGCCCCUCGCCCCCUCGCCCUCUCCCAGCACCAGGAUGCCACGGAGCGCCUGCCCCUCGCAUUGCCUCCGGUUUCGAGUCGGGCGUGCGCCGCUGGUGGCUGAUGCCGCCGCCGCUGCUGGUCGACGGGCGCCGUGCUGCCAUCGUCCCGCCGUGGGUAUUUCACGCGGGGGCGCAUCGGAAUCUGAAUCGAUGCCGGAGCCGGAGCUGCUGGGCGCCAACCGAACUUGGUGACGCACAAUGUGUGGAUGGGCGUGGCGGCAUGUCAGAGGGGCUGGGAUUUCUGACGGAUUAGAAAUCUGAGAGGGCCUGGCAAGAAUUCGGAUGAGAGUGAAGUGCCGGCGACAGUGGGAGGCACAGGGUGAAAGAUUUCACUUGCAGUUGGGUUGGACUGGGCAGCACGCUAUUAUGUGCUUGCUGAGUAGCUUUCACAAAGAGCUGAUUUAUAUUUGAUGACAACUCUGGUGUCCGGCUAUCUCUGGGAGUGGCAACUUUUUUGCUAUCUGCAGGUCUGCAUCCUUCCUUUAUAAAGGGGACUAUCCUGUAAUAAUAGUAAAUGUAACCAAGUUCCACUUCCAUUGCCAGACAGAAAUGAUAUGCUAUGCAAUGCGAAUGCUGAAUUAAAUUGCUCGCAACUGUUUUUUUAACAUAAUUUAUAUGUUUUCUUUAAUGCAACACAAAUGCAUGAUGUAGCUUCUAGCUACGACCAAAGCGAUAUUGAGCUGAUACGUGCGGAAGUACGCAAUUGACACUUGUGGUGAUGGAGAUUUACUUUUAGAAUCUUGAGGAGGAUACAUAGUGGACCACCCGAAGCAACUUUAACAGGUUGAGAAGACUCAAGAGGAUACCAUGAGGGAGACCACUGUGUCAUCUCUUGUGUUACCUCAUCGGAGUGCUUUAGAACCGAUCAAUUUCAGACCUAAGUAUUGGAAAACUUAAACUAUGCUAUGUGCUUGCUGAUGCUCUGCUCUUCAUUUCUAAGAACAGAUAACUCUGUGUAUGUUAAUUUGAUACAUCCUUUGCAUGAGCGGUACUUGGAAAACUGACUUGUGCCCUAGUCCACUUUCCAAUGGCGAAAAGUGAUGAUACGAUGUUCCAAGAAUACUAACAAAAUUCAUGAAUGUAAAUGUAAUACAUAAAAAUGCUAAAGUUUGAUGUCAAAUUCAUUCUUAUAUCAAGGACCAGAAAAGACAAACAGUCAUUCUUACACUCUUCAUUUAUGCUAAGACUGUCAUUUUGUCUUUCUUGUAUCUUGAAAUCUUGAUGGUCAGGAACGAAUAUGACACUGAUUGCAGGUCAAAAAAAAUGAUACUGAUCCUCUGGAAUUUUGAAACAUUGUAUCGUGAUACUUUAUGGAACUUUCAAAACAACAACGUGGUUUCCCCUGGACACAAAAUGCUUACUCCUUACAUUUUCGUGGGACUGGCAAUGUGCUUUAUAUACUUGGCCUGGCACCUUUCAAGAGCACACCCCUGUGGCUUAAAUACUAAGCGGUUCCUUUUCAGCUGCUUUGGUUUAAAUAAUGCAGUUGAACCACAAAUAGUGAAAUUCUUCUGAUUGCAGAAACAUAUGGUAUAUUAUUUUGGCACUUAUUAUUUGAUAUGAUCCCACCAGAUGUAGAAUAGGCAAAUUCAUUGGAACUGUGAUGUUUUAUGUAUUAGCUAGGGCCUAGGGCUAGCUGCAACAAGGUAGCAGAAAGCUUUAUGGUUGGCACAUUUGUUGGGUGCAACAAACUUUUGUUAUCAUCAGACUGGAGACAUCACCUAGUGGGAAGUGUCAUUAUUUUUUAAAAGAUGAGGUUCUGGCCACAUAUACAGUCUUCUGCCAUCAUUCUGCUUAGUGCAGGGUUUGUAUAUGUGCUCUAACAGAGUGGGAAGUGUAAGGUUUUUAUUCUAUCUGCAUAGGAAGGUCAUUUUGGAAUAUAUAUUCUCUAACAGUAAUCAGGUAUAUUUUUCCUCUUUAAAUAUUACGUUUAGACAAUAAUUAUUUUCUCACUUAUGUUGAUGUUGGAUGCUGCGAUUGUGGGCGUUUUUCUCUUUUACUCUCUACAUCAUGUAAUGACAUCUAAUCAACAUAAAAUUGUGCGCGUGAGAUAUGUUUUGUCACAUCUUAGAAUGUUUCUGUAAAACGUAAUGUAUUCAGAUACGUUGAAAAGGCAAGCUGGUCGGGGUUAAGGUUAACUUUAUGUAUCUUGAAUACUCAUCUGGAGUCUUGGUUAGUGAUUGCUUCAAUCAUGUGUGUUAAUUAUUUUCAGUAAUCUAUUUGACAUGAUGCUAUUAAGGAGCACCCAUGCCAUGGCUGGGGACUGAACCCAGGUCUCCCAGCUGCACACACCAUGUUCACACCACACCGACCGAUGAGGGUACCAUACUGGCAGUAACUAAUAUAUGUUGACUAAAUAUUUGUUGUUUUCAGAAAUUUAGUCAUCAUAUAAGUCCGACUUAUAAUUUACUAUACUGGUUAAUUCACAUUAUUGCUUAGGUUAUAGUGUCCUGUCGAGUAUCUAUACAUUUUCGCACUCUGUGAUGUAUAACUAUAUAUAGUUUCUAGCUAACUGGGUUUUCUACCUCUGUUAUCUUCGAUUUCAUGGAUAUACACUACCACAUGGUGAUAAGAACUGAAUAUUUUCUUGCAUCAUGAUAUCACACACAUUGUGCGCGUGCAAUCAAGAAAGAAGAAAGUACUAGCCUUCCUUUAAACAUAUUUGAAUUGUAUAAUCCAUGGAAAAGAGCAAACAGACCGCACAGAAACAUGUGUUCAGAAGUCUUGGUCCUAUAAAUAUCCUAGUUAUUAACAUGUGUUCAGAAGAUGGAGCAACUUCACUUGUUCCCUGCUUUUUUGCAUGGCUGCUGCAUGCAUUUUUGAUGGGCGUCUUUCCUUCCUUAAUCUCUGGGGCAUGCAUCCUUAGAUCCUCAGACUCUUGUACAUAUCUGUUAUUGAGAAAUCGAACAUACAUUGUACACAUCCGCUUCGCCGCCCUUGCAACUCCAGUCAGUGCUUUUCUUGCAUUUUUUUUAUCACUUCUUUCUGAGAGAUGGACAUCUAGUCAGUUAUCACAAGAAAGUGCUCUGCUAAUGCUAGCUUCAUGCACCACCCUUGUCUUUAAAAGGGAAGGUAAUGAACACAGUCUAGUCCAACAGCACUACUAGUUUGUGAUGGACACCAGUACUCCUCCAAAGUCUGGGACGAGCUUCCUCAAAACUUGCUUCAAUGGAGUUAACGCCCUCUCAGGGGUUGGGAUAUUAUCGAUUCCUUAUGCAUUGUCUCAAGGAGGAUGGCUGAGCGUACUUAUGUUCACAACUAUAGCAGUUAUUUGCUUCUACACUGGGAUUCUCCUACAGAGAUGCAUAGAUUCAAGCUCACUUGUUAAGACCUAUCCUGAUAUAGGUGAACUGGCUUUUGGCCGGAAAGGAAGAAUCAUAGUAGCAAUAUUCAUGUACCUGGAGCUGUACCUUGUGGCAAUAGAUUUCAUGAUAUUGGAAGGUGAUAACUUGGAGAAAUUAUUUCCAAGUGUCGACUUCCAUGUUGCUGGGCUCAAGAUUGGAGGCAAGCAAGGGUUUGUUCUGAUCUUCAGCCUGUUAGUUUUGCCAACAACAUGGUUUCGGAGCUUAAGUGCGCUUGCAUACGUCUCUGUUGGAGGAAUCGUGGCUUCCGUCAUUCUCAUCGCAGCUGUUAUCUGGGUAGGAGCAUUUGAUGGUGUUGGUUUCCACGAGAGAGGCAUGCUUGUCAACUGGGCUGGUAUUCCAACUGCCAUGAGCUUAUACUCAUUCUGUUUCAGUGGCCAUGCAGUUUUCCCCAUGAUAUACACUGGAAUGAGCAACAGGAAAAUGUUCCCAACAGUGCUGCUCCUCUGCUUCAUCAUCUGCACUCUCAGCUACGGACUGAUGGGCGUCGUCGGGUACCUGAUGUAUGGCGAGUCACUGAAGUCACAGGUGACGCUGAACCUCCCAUCAAGGAACCUGAGCUCCAGCAUCGCGAUCUACACCACGCUGAUCAACCCGUUCACCAAGUUCGCGCUGCUGGUCACUCCGAUAGCGGAGGCGAUCGAGGACACCCUCCACGUCGGCAAGAACAAGGCCGUUAGCGUCUCCGUCAGGACCUCGCUGGUCGUCAGCACGACCAUCGUGGCGCUCCUCGUGCCGUACUUUGCCUAUGCCGUCGCGCUCACCGGGUCGUUCCUGAGCGGCACCGCCACGAUGCUGCUGCCGUGCAUCUGCUACCUGAAGAUCAGGUCCAGGACCUGCAGGAAGGUGGGGUUCGAGCAGGUGGUCUGCGUGGGCAUCAUAGUGGUCGGUGUAGGGCUCGUGGUCGUGGGCACCUCCAGCUCGCUGAAACAGAUUAUCCAGAGCUUAUGAAAUGGAUGAUGGGCAUGGAUGUGGAUGAACAACCAUAUGCAGUGAAGCCUGUUCUAGUACGGCACAAUCAUGCUUGUACUCUGUAGUCUGUAUUCUGGCAAGAUGUAGAUAUGAAUUUAGCUUACAUAAGACUGGAUAGGAAUAAUCCCUAAGAUGUCGUAGUAUUGAGACUUACUUCUUCAGAAGAAACUGCUUGUACCUGUCAUGUUGUAAACGUUAUUCAAAUGUAUGUAUAUCCUGAUGUCUAUCUA